GUAAUACCAGUACUUCAAAAGGGCAAAGACCCUAACAACUUUGACAACUAUACGCCUAUGUCCCUCACAAGCGUGCUGGCUAAACUUAUGGAAUUCCUCACAAUAGUCACUUUCUCCCAACACAUCAAAGAUGCCCUUGAGGCAACACUUUCUUCCAACACAUCAAAGAUGCCCUUAAUGCAAAAAAUACCCUUACUCUCCCAACACACCAAAGAUGCCCUUGAUGCAAGAACUAUUUUUAGGGUAUUACGUGAAAACUUUAUGCAGAUGAUCUUGUUCUAUGGUAUUCCGCCCCUAUUUUCUCAGAUGAUCUGGUACUAUGGUAUUCCGCCCCUAAGGAAAUCUAUGGUAUUUGUUCCUAAGAAAAACGCUCACGAGAGGACGGAACGUGCCCUAACUUGUGCACUUAAACUACUAGCAAACCUGUGCGACAACAAUGGAAUGGUAAUCAACACUGCAAAA